AUGGUGUUGAGUUAUGGAAAGCUCUGGCAAUGGAGUAACUUUUCGUACAUCUAUUCAAACAUCGCGAAUGUGUAUCCUGGCGUGAUGAGGAGUUUCAUCGCAGUCGCGAACAUGGAACUGCGAGCGAAGGAGCUUCUUAUCGCGCAGGAGGUGGUUGAUGCGAGUGCCUCGUUGGAGAGAGCGAGUCGCCUUGCGGCUGCGGCGGCGGUGCAUUAUACACAAGCGCUAAAAGAUCUGUCAUCGUUGUUGGAUCGGAUUUGUCAAACGCCGGAGCAGGACUGUGAUGUGGAUGCGCUGUUUACGAUGUGGUUUCUGAUCUUGAGAUAUGAGGCUUGUGAUUCGGAGACUACGGGAGCGUCGUUGCUGCACCUCGAUGGAAUACGGUUGUUUUUGGGGCCAUAUUUGCGAGAUGAUGGACAGGCGACCGGGAAGAAAUUACCGUGCGUUGCACAGGCGAUGCUGCUGUAUACAUUAUACCUCGACGCGGACUCAGCGACAGGCAACAUGAACAGUGGACAGUUCUGUCUUGACUUUUUAUCACGCGACGCUCACGAUUACAUCUCACAUGAACACCUUUUCCUGAGCGUUCGAUCAGCUCUUCCCAAGAUGUGGGGUGAACAAUAUCCUAUAUCAGAACUCCUCGACGAUAUGGAGAAUUAUCGCCCUCUCCGCUUAUAUCACCUCUGUCAAGGAUCUAAACUUGAGCUUCUCAGACUAGCACGGUCAACGACAGACGGUGGAUACGACGAUCUGAAGAAACUCUGGCGGCAUGUUGAAAACUUUGGUGAUGAAUUCGCCGAUAUCCUCCUCCUCGCCAAAAAAACCCCCAGCUCUGGAGGGAAGCGCCUCAUGUGGACAGUCUACGCCGCCGCCCUCGACUUUCACGCACUGCAGAUCCUCUGCUCCAGCCUAGACACCUAUAACGAAACACCCUUCAAGCCCGAGCCCUCCCUAUCAUUCAUCUUCAGCGUCGCCACAAAAGCCCUCGAAGAAGAUCCCCGUCAAGUCUACCGUUUCAUGUGGUCGCUCUCCGUAGCACUCAGCAAGACGAAUCAGGCUUGGUUAUCUACGCAGCUUGCAAAAGCAAGGAUUUUACUACCGAGGUUUGGAGUUCCGGGGUUGAUACUUAAGCAAUGUGGGGGCCUAAGUGUUAAUAAUGAGGGAGCCCAGUAA